AUGGGAGAAAAACCGCGGGAGUGCCAAAACGCCGUGGAGAGUUCCGAAUCCAAGGGAGUAGUCGAGGCAGUUUCACUUCCGAAUACUUCGAAGAUUCCUGCGUUUGUCGAGGAGUGCCCGAGGUAUGGGGUAACCUCGGUUUGUGGUCGGAGGAGGGACAUGGAAGACGCCGUUUCGGUGCAUCCCUCGUUUUGCCUCGAAAAUCGUUCUCAGGAUCAGAAAGGGUUUCAUUUCUUCGCUGUUUUCGACGGUCACGGAUGCUCGCAUGUGGCGACUAUGUGCAAGGAGAGAUUACACGAGAUAGUGAAGGAGGAGGUUGAGAAAGCGAAAGAGGAUUUGGACUGGGAAAUCACGAUGAAGAAGUGUUUCGCUCGCAUGGACGAGGAGGUGCAGAGGUGGACCAAGAGCAAGGAAGCUCCCACUUGCAGGUGCGAGCUUCAGACUCAGCACUGCGAUGCCAUCGGCUCCACUGCGAUCGUCGUCGUCGUCACGCCGGACAAGAUCAUCAUCGCGAACUGUGGCGAAUCACGCACCGUGUUGUGCCAGAACAAUGUCGCCGUUCCACUCUUCGACGACCACAAGCCGGAUCGAGCGGACGAGUUAGGUCGGAUCCAAGCCGCGAGAGGGCGUGUGAUAUAUACUUAGAUGCAUUGUGUAGAUUGCUAGUGCUCUUGUUGUGGAUUGAACUCAAUCAUUUCAACAUAUAUAUUAGCGUAUUUGAUGAUUUACUUAUA